CCACUUAUUUAACCCGUCUUAUUAUUAUUUUUUUUUCUUCAGAUCAAAAUCAGCACGUCUAAUCGUUGGUUUUGGAACUAUAGCCUACCACAAACUAAAAAUGCAUUUGUAAAGAUGACGUUUUUAAUUAUUAUUACACGAUCCCUUAAUAAAUCGGACGCGUAUUAAGAGCAAUUUAAAUGACAUCAGAAUAAAUCACAGGGCCCAUGUUUAGAAAAAAAAGCCCGCACAUUUCUCCUUUGCUCUAGUAGUCGACGAAAUAAUUAGAAUUAUGCUUAUGAAACAAAAUUACAGUGCAAUGUUGCAAACACUUACCAUUCUUAGAUCUGUCUAAAAAGAAAACCAACACUCGGGUAACCCUCAAAAGCGAGCUUACGCCGGUGCAAACGCCUGUCAUGUCAAAUCUGUCAGCCAAUAGAAAAACACCAUGGGAAAAAACGCGCGGUUUCAUUGGCUGGCAGCACCUCGCUUUGGAGACAUGUGUAAAGGGCCAGCCCAUCAUUUUCUGGGAUUGAAAUGUAAGCCUGUGCUCCCUGCCAUCAGGAAACAGAAGGCGAAUUUUCCUCUCUUGCAGCUAAUCGGUAUUGCAUCCGUCUCGGACGCUUAAUUUUCAUUCACAUCGGCUUCGGUGCAAUAAAGAUCAGCUAAACUGGACUCGGAACAGGUCAGAACAGGACAGCAUACUGAAGUUUCUUUUUUCCUCGGGAGGCUAAACGCAAUGGAAUUUGUAGAGUGACUUUUUGUUCAGCUCAUUGCAUUAAACUGAAAAAAAAAAAAAAAAAAAAAAAAAAAAAAAAAAAACAACAACAACGUAUGAUUCAAUGCAGCAGAAAGAUAAUCCAAAGUUUUACUGAAACAUUUAUCCGUAGGUUUUCUGUUUCAGACGCGGUUCAGGGCCUGGUAAAAUCUGAUGAUUUUUGCAAUUCUUUUUUUCUUCAUAUAUCUGCAUCACUAGAGCCAGCCUUUGGGGAGGUGAACCAGCUAGGCGGUGUUUUUGUGAACGGAAGACCCCUACCCAAUGCCAUCCGGCUCAGGAUAGUAGAGCUGGCCCAACUAGGCAUCAGGCCUUGCGACAUCAGCAGGCAGCUCCGCGUCUCUCACGGCUGUGUGAGCAAGAUUCUGGCUCGGUACAACGAAACCGGCUCAAUACUUCCCGGCGCAAUUGGUGGCAGUAAACCAAGGGUCACGACCCCAACCGUAGUCAAGCACAUUAGGACUUACAAGCAACGGGACCCUGGCAUUUUCGCUUGGGAGAUUCGAGACAGACUGCUCGCGGACGGUGUGUGCGAUAAAUUCAAUCUGCCAUCCGUCAGCUCGAUCAGUAGGAUUCUCCGCAACAAGAUCGGAAAUCUGUCUCAACAGAACCAGUACGAGUCGAGCAAACAGGCCCCCCAUCCUCAGCCUCAACCCACCCUACCUUACAACCACCUGUACUCGUAUCCAACUCCGAUCGGAGCCACUGGGACUAAAGUACCAACUCCGCCUGGCAUGCCUACUCUUCCUGGACACAUGGCAAUGCAUAGGAUAUGGCCUUCCUCUCAUUCUGUAACAGAUAUUCUGGGCAUUCGAUCAAUAACGGAGCAGCAAAUUAGUGACAGUCCGUCCUUUCCCAGCGCCAAACUAGAAGAAUGGAGAGCUAUUAACAGGAGUAAUUUCUCACCAGCGAAUUCUCCACUAGUCAAUGGUGUGGAUAAGCCUCACUUAGAACCUGAAGCAAAAUACACACAGACGCCGAAUGGAUUGCCCACAGUGAACAGUUAUGUCACAGCUCCCAGCAUCCAUCCUUACCACCCUCCCACCCAAGUGUCACCCUACAUGGGGUACAGCGGCACCACGUCGGCCUAUGUGACCGGCCCCACAUGGCAGCCGCCCAGUGGCAGUGCUCUCUCUCCCCACAGCUGUGACAUCACCACCCCGCUGGCCUUCAAGAGCACGGCUGCCACGAGAGACUCCGUCCAUUCGGUCGCCGCCUCGGCUCUCUGACUGUUCUAGGAGCAUUGGGGGGUCAAAGAGAGAAACAGAAAGAUGGGGUUAACAACAUAGACCUUUUCAUCCCGGCUCUCUCUAGAUGGACCAAUCUUAUCGCUUUACAAUAUUUAUGAAAGACUUGUCGGCCAAGCCGUGUGCCCCUCUGAAUGCCCACAUUCUCUUGCUCCAUAUCAGCAUCUCGCACUUGUCUGCACAGGACAAAAAGAACAAGAGUGAGGAUAUGCAAAGGCCUUCUCGUCCGAUCUGAUCUGAGCAGAGGAUUUACCAGUGAAGAACAGUGCGCUUGGCAGUCCUCAUUAAACUGCGUCAUCACAAGCCCGAGUUUAAUUUUGGUGCUUCUCUCUGUGAAUAUAUUGUUCUUGUAUGUUUUCAAGAAAAUUAUUGAAUAAGCAAAGCUCAUGUAAAACAACUGAUCAGUUUGCAUUUAAAUGUUUUUUUUUUCAGGGUGUUAAAAAUGGCCAAAUGUUUAGAUGUUCUGCUUUUUUUUUUAAAAAUGUUUUUGAUAAAAAUCACAUUUUUGUCUUUUUGGAUACCAGUUUCACUAUGCCAGAGCUCUUGGGAAAAGUUAUCACACUUAUUUAUUAGAUUGUAAGGUACGUUGAAUGAAGUGCAAUUGACAUGGCUGAGAGGAGAAGAGGCAUUAUGUGGGACAUUGACGCACAUUCAGACAACAGGAGCAUUCAUUCAUGCAACAUUAAUGAUCAGUGAAGCUGCACACCUCCAGACAUUGCACAAUGAAAUUGAAUGUAUCUUAUUAAAAGAGACAUGUGUAAAAAC